AUGCUGUUCAAGGCUCCAAAAGCCGACGACGACCCGGAGCUUCUGGGUUCCUUCGCGUACUUCACCUUGGAUCUCUGCUUCAGCCUCCUGCCAGGAGAGCGGUUUGGCGGCGUUAUCUACGGACUUCAGUCGUCAAGUCGAGAGAGCUGCGAGUGGCCGCACUACUCUCAACCAUCCGUGAUGGUGGACUCCAAAGGCGAUCUCUACUGCUCGGUGGUAGCUGCUCAACCCGUGGUGGCUCGAGCUUUGGAGCCCAAUCGGUGGUAUCUCGUCGCAUUAACCUACGACCACGGUGCCCAGCUCCAAGAAGUGUACUUCAAUGGGGUGAAAGUGCAAGAGAAGGCGGGUUUGUGGCGUUAUCAGUGGCACUUCAUGACGUUCGCGCAGGUCGGGACUGGAUUCAGCGCUUCCGAUUUCCUCGACGGCCCGGGAUGGUACGGAUAUCAAGGCAUCGUGGAUGUGGGGCGGGAUACUUUCAGAAGAUGA